UCCCCCUCUGCGUCACCCCCUCGGUGUUGUCCUCUUCUACACCUUAAUCUCACCCUUCAUAUUAUCUCCUUCAUUUCUCCUCCCCUUGCUGAAUCUCCUCCUCUUUUAUCCCCUUCUACCCUAACCUCUGCACAUUCGUCAUCUCCCCUCCCUUCCUCCUUUCUCUCCCCUCCUCCAUCUUUCCCCUCCCACUGUCAUUAACUAUAGUAUAAAAGAGCAUUGCAUCCCUCUUUGGCUCUGUCACACACUGUGGGAUUGCUAGAAAGGGGGUGUGUGAAGGGGAAACUACACCGUCACUAGUGCCUCUCUGGAGUUGUGGUCCUUUCUGGAAUUCCCAUUGAAGAGCAUCUUUUCUAGUGAUCAAUACUGAACAGCAUAAUUUAGAGAGACCAUGAGUGGGAACUACAGCGUCACUCUGCUGGGGCCGGCCCCUUGGGGCUUCAGGCUACAAGGAGGAAAGGACUUUAACAUGCCCCUCACCAUCUCCAGGCUGACGGAUGGUGGGAAAGCUGCUAAAGGAGGUGUUGCAGUCGGCGACACGGUUCUUUCCAUCGACGGUAUUUCUACAGAGGGCAUGAACCACCUGGAGGCCCAGAACAAAAUCAAGAACUGCACUGGGAACCUCAGCCUCACUUUGCAGAAAUCCAGUGUUUCUAAACCCCCUCCAGUGGCACCAAAGGAUAACCGAACAGAUCUCAUAAAACCAGUAGCCAUCACCCAUCCCUCCGCUCCACAACAUCCCCAGUCUCAGUGCUCUGCCCCCUACAACAAGACCCCCAAACCUUACGGGUGUUGCCGAUCUGAGGGUGCAUGCUCUCCUUCACCUUUCACCACCUUCAUCCCUUCCCCAUCCUCUGCCUUCAGCCCUGCCUCAUCCCACAUUAGUCCCCCUCCUCCUCCUCCUCCUCCUCCUCGCCCCCCUUCUCCUCCUUUGGUCUCUUACCCGUCCUCUUCCUCCUCCUCCUCGCCCCCUGUCCUGGUUCCGCCUCAGCCAUCGGUGUACAACACACCGAUCAACCUCUACUCCACUGAGAAUGCUUGUGAGGUGGCCAUGGGGCAAAGGCGGGGCUUGUUGGAGAGUCAGGGAGGAGCCCUACCACAGUUUAAUGGAAUUCCCAGGAAACAUGUCGUGGACACAGACAUCCAUUUUUACCAUGUGCCUUCUCAUGCUGAUGCGAGCAGAAAGCGCAUAAUGGAGGACACGGAGGACUGGCGUCCACGCUCAGGCACCACCCAGUCCAGAUCUUUCAGGAUCCUGGCUCAGAUCACAGGCACAGAGAACGUUCAAAAUGAGGAAGUUGAUACAUCAAAGAAGACAAAUGAGGACAAUGAGGAAAUACAGGUUAACACCCACGAAUCCGCUGUGGUCAAGACAAUGAUCAAAGGAACUGCUUCAAACCACGGCCAAAGGAUACAGAGUGGCUUGAUUGCGCCGUCUUUUGGAAUGAAGGGUAAUGGCAGUGCCAGUGUCCUCACGGGUCCUGUUUCAGCCCGACCUGUGCCUCAAACCCACCCUAAAGAUGAGGACACCCUGGUCCAGAUGGCAGAACACAUUCCUGCUGGGAUGCGAACCCCCAUGUGUGCCCACUGCAACAUGGUGAUCAGAGGGCCUUUUUUGGUUGCAAUGGGAAAAUCGUGGCACAAGGAGGAAUUUAACUGUACCCACUGCCAUACAUCUCUAGCAGAUAUAGGCUUUGUGGAAGAAAAGGGGUCUGUGUAUUGUGAACACUGCUAUGAAGAUUUCUUUGCACCAACCUGCAGCCGCUGCCAGACCAAGAUAUUGGGGGAGGUGAUUAAUGCUCUGAAACAAACAUGGCAUGUCUACUGCUUCAUGUGUGCUGCCUGUCAGCAGCCAAUCAGAAACAACACCUUCCACCUGGAGGAUGGAGAACCCUACUGUGAACAAGACUUUUACAACUUGUUUGGGACUAGUUGCCAUGGCUGUGAGUUCCCUAUUGAGGCUGGAGACAAAUUUCUGGAGGCACUUGGUUACACCUGGCACGACACCUGCUUUGUUUGCGCUGUGUGCUGCACCUCUCUGGAGGGCCAGACCUUUUUCUCCAAAAAGGAUAAACCUCUUUGCAAGAAACAUGCACUAACGGUGAAGAUAUGAACCUUCAAACGGCUCUCUGUCUUUGCUCUCUCUUAUCAAAGGAUGCAGAAAUACUGACCUCCAGGUUGGAGGUUUCUCCUUUCAGAGGACGUAACAGUGCUUAUAUUUACUGGGGGUUUUAGGCUUUGACUAAGUUAAAUGUGGAAACAACUAAGCAGAUUAAUUUUAAAUCCUUAAAAUGGACAUAUCUUGCAAAACCCACCUUCUUAGCCCCCAUUUACAUUGUAUUGUAUACCUGAAGUCUUUAGAAAUGCAGACAAUUUGAAUUUAGUCUUUCCAGGAGUUGCGCAGAUAUCUUUAUAUUCUUUUUGGUCAUAUUUUUUGAGUAUUCUCUGGUUUCUAUUAUGCUUUUUGAUCAGUAUUGUCACAGUAUUUGCUGCUAAACUACUAAACAAGAUCAUGGACUUCUGGCUUAACAACUUCGAGAUCUGACAUUUUUAUUUUUUGGAGAGAUUAUGUAGUCCAAGGAUAAGUAUAAGGAUAAGUCAUCGGCUGAUCAUCAGACUGUCCCCCUGUAUACUACAAAAAUGCCCGAACAGGGUGAAUUAAAUGCUUUACGACCUGGAGGGUGGUGGGGUGUGAAGUGCCUCCUUUACAUUCAAAGAGACCUCACCAAAUCGAGUUGCUCUCAGAUGCACAUCAAGGGUAAAACGGGGAUGUAGGGGUAAAUUAACGAGGAAUUCCGAGUACUGCGGUUUCUUAUAUAGACGACAACUGAAUGAUGUCAAUGUGAAAAGGAAGAAUUGAAAAGCAUGAUAUGUCCCCUUUAAAUAAAUGUAUUGUACUUACGCACACAAGAAGUUGCACUGUUAGGGUAUUAUCUUUGUAACACCACAAUUCAUUUUCCCCUAAAUAGAAAUAUAAAUUUUUGUUUUAUUACAUGGUCCUGAUAUUACUUUUGAUUGUGAAACACAUGGCUGGUUUGUCUGUAGACAUAGAAUAGAAUCUGCCCCACUUAUUACAAAUCACUGAUUCACAUUGUAAAAACAAGAAAUGUACAGCAUAUUCAUACGUAAACCAUGAGAAUGUGUUACAACAGAAUGACAUGAGCAAUUAUUAUCCAUGAAACCAUUCAGAUUUUCAUAUAGUUAAAUCUGAUUUACAGAUUAUUAGUUAUUUACAUUAACCUUUGCAUUAUUUUAUGUCUCUAUAUUCAAGAACCAUUUUAAAAUAGAGCUCAAAAACUUAAAAUCUGCAUUAACAUGAACUAAAUUUGGAUGUACUCAUUUAAUUGAAGGUUUGAACUAUGCUGCUUGGAUAAUUAUUGGAUUUGUCAUCCUAAUUGUAUUUUCAAGGCAUAUGUCAAAAAAAAUAUUUCAUGUUACUAAACAGAAAAAAGGGAUACAACAGUUCCUGUUAUAUCCUAUGUAAUAAAGGUUUUCUAAACAAUAUUCUUUAUUCUGGGGGUUAACCAAAGUUCCCAAAACACAUGAAGUAAAUAAUUAGAUAACAAGUGUUAAUGUUUUUUCAUUAAUUAUUCUGUUAUAUUUUAAUUUCACCUCAAAAAAUAUCUAAAAGACAGAUGUUGCAGUAGUUCUUCAAGAUUAAAUCGUUUAAAUCCUUCAAUCACAGUCUGUACCGUACAACUUUUUAACCCGGAGGAAAGUUUGAGUUUGUUCUUUUUUGCAACUUGUAUGGUUAAUAUCAUUUAUAAAAGGGGGGGAAAAGCCUUAUUUUAUACUGAAUCAGUGAUUAUUUGUGUACUUAUUUUGGAUUUGAAGGGUGUUUCAUUGUGGGACCAACAAGGGGGUUGUAGCGUGUGUGCAAUGGUAAAAAAAAAAAAAAAAAGAAUUUAAAUGUCAAUUUUUAUUAUCUAUCACAUACGUUUGAAAUAAAAAAUAAUAAUAUCCGUGCUGUUUAAUAAAUUAUGAUUUUUCAACCCUCUAA